AUGAUGGGCUGUCGUCGAACUGUGGCGCUGCUCGUGGUGGCGCUGACCACCUUGAUGAGCACGGCGUGGGCGGGGCAAGACUUGCGUGGCCAGAUCCAGCCGAAUGCGGAGCUGGGCCACUUGCUCAACCUCGGGCCCAACACACGCGUUGUUCUGCAUGCCGUUCCACCGGAGGCUUCAGCUAGCACAGCGGACGGUGCGCAGGGUGAAGCUGAAGAUCUGGCGGCGUUUGGGCAGCAGCGUGAUCGGGCUACACUCGUGGCGGUGGAUGGCAGCUUUAUCUUUCGCGAUCUCGAGCCGGGCGCGUAUACGCUCGAAGUCGUUUCGCGCACGCAUGCAUUCGAACGAUACCGCAUCGACGUGCUCGACUCACAGCUGGGCAAGGCACCUCAGAUCCGCAUCUUUACACCCGGCACGUCGCUCGUCUCGAUCCGCUCGUCGAACCUGGUGUUCCACCCGCUCAUCCUGCACGCUGUGAAGCGCAUCGACUACUACACCGAGGCGGCGCCGCUGACGCUGGGCUCGCUGAUCGGCAUGGGUGGGCCGAUGAUGAUCCUCGGGCUCGUUGGCAUGGGCAUGGUGUUCCUCAUGCCCAAGCUCACCGCCUCGCUCGAUCCCGAGGCGCAAAAGGAACUGGCAGACUCGCAGAAGCGCAUGCAGAAGCGUCUGGCCGCCGUGCAGUCGGGCGAUGUGUCCAGUCUGCUCUACAGCGACGACAAGGUGCAGCAGGGCCAGGAGCGCGAGAGGGCUGCAAACCAGGCGCGUGCACAGCGCAACGUCGGCCCGUCCAAGUAA